AAGUAAAGUUCACUGGCUGACACUUAAAUGACUAACAGCUCUUCCCACUGCAAAUGCAGUGAGAAGCGAUCUUUUCCAGCAGCCAAUCCUAUUUUCCGCUUCCAGAGAACUAUCUUCAAGCUAUUGCUUGAACUGACAGUGUCUCGUAUAAAUCAACAUGGAAAGGAAUCUUAAGAAUGUUCUUGUCAUUUCUUUUGGAUUUUUACUUUUAUUUACGGCUUACGGCGGGCUUCAGAGUCUGCAGAGCAGCCUCAACUCUGAAGAAGGCCUGGGCGUUGCCUCACUGAGUGUUCUCUAUGCUGCUCUUAUCAUCUCUUCUAUGUUUCUACCUCCAUUCCUAAUUGAGAAGCUGGGCUGCAAAUGGACCAUAGCAUGCUCUAUGUGCUGUUACAUCGCAUUCUUCUUGGGCAACUUCUAUUCCAGCUGGUACACACUGAUCCCUACUUCUGUGAUCCUGGGCCUAGGGGGAGCCCCACUCUGGUCUGCCAAAUGCACUUACCUGACAAUUGCUGGCAAUUCAUAUGCCCAGAAAGGAGGGAAAAUUGGAAGAGAUAUCAUCAACCAGUAUUUUGGGGUCUUCUUUCUCAUAUUUCAGUCCUCCGGAGUCUGGGGAAAUCUUAUUUCCUCUCUGGUAUUGGGGCAGUCUCCCCAACAAGUGGAAAUCUCAGAAGAAGACCUGAAAUGUUGUGGAGCAUAUGACUGCAUAACAGCUGCUGCAAAUAACACCACUGCAUUUAAGAAGCCAGAAAUGACCUUAGUCUACACCAUGUUGGGUAUCUACACUGGUAGCGGCAUCCUGGCUGUGUUGCUGAUUGUUACAUUUCUGGAUCAGAUUAAAGCCAAUGAAGUGGAAAGUGAAAAGGAAACAAUGAAGAAAGAGUCCCCUUUGUCCUUGGUCCUAGCAACUUUCAGGCUUCUUAAAGAUAAGAGACAAUGUUUCCUUAUCCCAUUGACAAUGUGGAGUGGGUUUGAACAGGGAUUUCUUGCUGGUGAUUAUACAAAGUCCUAUGUGACCUGUUCCCUGGGAAUACAUUUUGUCGGUUAUGUGAUGAUCUGUUUUGCAGCUACAAAUUCGCUCUGUUCUAUGCUCUUUGGGAAAAUUUCCCAGUUCACUGGAAGAAAAGUCUUGUUUUCAUUUGGUACACUUAUAAACCUUUCCUGUAUAAUAGCCCUAUUGCUGUGGAAACCUCGCCCUUCACAGUUUGCUGUGUUCUUCAUAUUUCCUGCUCUUUGGGGCAUGGCUGAUGCCAUCUGGCAGACGCAAACUAAUGCUCUCUAUGGAGUUUUAUUUGAGAAGAACAAGGAAGCUGCUUUUGCUAACUAUCGUCUCUGGGAAUCACUGGGAUUUGUCAUAGCCUUUGGAUACAGCACAUUCUUACAGGUCUACAUUAAACUGUAUGUCUUAUUGUCUGUCCUGGUGAUGUCCAUGGUGGGGUAUGGAAUAGUUGAGUAUAUGGAAUCAAAGGAGUCUCCUAGACCACCCACCCCAGUAUCGAAAGAAAUAACAGGAGCCCCAGCCCAAGAAACACCCCUGUAACCCAAAGGAUCAGGGUAGUGAAGACAAGUCACCUCACUGCAACAGGUUUUUAAAAGGAGAUUCCAAGGUGCUCAAUCAAUUUUUAGGAAGAAUUUAAAAGAACUGAUUUUUUUUCAGGGUCAGUGCAGUAUAAAUACAUA